UGCCCGCCCCCGCUCCCGCUCGUGUCCCCGCCCGUCCGGGGCGGUCCCGCCGUGACGCGCUCCCGGUUCCUGCGGCGAUGCCGGGGGAGGCGGUCACGCUGCAGCUCGGUCACUAUUCGGGCUGCGUGGGGGCGCACUGGUGGGGGCUGCAGGCCGCCGCGCUCCGCAGCCCGGCCGAGCCCGCCGAGCUCCGCGCGGCCGCGCUGCUCCGCUUCGGGCGGGGCCCGGGCGGCCCCGAGACCCCCGCACCGCGGCUGGUGGCGCUGGAGCUGAAAGGCGGCGUGGGCUCGCUCAGAGCCGACGGGGCGGGCACGGAGCCGCCGCUGACCUGGGACGGGCCCGUGGCCGAUUACCGGGACUGCGCGCCGGGGGACACCGGGAGCCGCAGGGGAGACGCUGCCGGCGACGGGAAGGGGAAUCCCGGUGCUGCGAGGACAGGUGCAGCUCCUGCGGGCUCCGUGCGGCUCUGGUCCGAUUACCUCAACGUGCACCUGCACCCCAAAAGUGUCUACGUGAUCCGGCAGUACCUGCACGAUGGGGAUUGUGACUCUCUCGAAGCCUUUGGGCAAGGUGAGAGGCUCCUGCAGGACCCUGCCUGUGUUGAGGAGCUGGAAGAUCGGCUGCACUUCUAUGUUGAGGAGUGUGAUUACCUCCAGGGGUUUCAGGUCCUGUGUGACCUUCACAAUGGGUUCUCUGGAGUUGGUGCCAAGGUGACAGAGCUGCUCCACGAUGAGUAUUCACGGAAAGGGAUCCUGACCUGGGGCCUGACUCCAGUCCUGAGUGCUGUGGCUGACCCUCAGAACAGUUUUUACAGACUGAUGAACACGGCCCUGGGCAUUGCCCACCUCUCUCGUCACAGCUCUCUCUUCUGUCCGCUGUCACUCAGUGGGAGUUUGGGAAUCAAGCCAGAACCUCCUGUGACGUUUCCAUACAUAAAAUACGAGCCAUCCCUGAACUACCACAGCAGCGCGAUUUUGGCAGCGGCACUCGACACCCUCACGGCUCCCUACCGCCUCUGCUCCUCCCAGGGCUCCAUGAUGCACUUUGCUGACUCCCUCACCUUCUCUGGGAGGAAGGUUGUGGCUGCGUGGGCAGCUCUUCCCUUCCCUGCCUUACCUGGCUCCUCGCUCCCCGAAAUUUUAAGUGCCCACCAGCAGGAUGUGCCCUGGAAGCUUCUGUCCUCAUGGAAGGAGCAAAAGGUCAGCUGCUGUUUUGCUCAGUCUGUUGUGCUACGAGGAAUUUGCCAAGAGAAACCCACCAGCUGCCCAGGCCAGCCCCGGUCCCCCCUGCACCGGUGUGAGAGCCCCGAGGAGGUGCUCCAGCAGUUCCUCCACACCCAGUUCCCAGGAGCCUUCAGCACAGCCCACGUGCUCCAGCAGCCCUGUGACACCCGGCCUCCCUUCCCCCAGUUCUUCUCUCCUCUCCUGACCAGACGAGGUUUCCUCCUGGACAAAGCUCAGGGCUAUUCCUCAGCAGGUGUUGAGAGCAUUCCUGUGCUGGCAGCCCUGCAGAGCUCCCCUGGCCUGCACUCGCUGCUCUCGGGGCUGUGCCGGGAGCUGCAGGCGCCGAGCGCGCGGCGCUGGAGCAGCUCCAGCACGGCUGGGCUGGAACAGGACGACUUCCAGGAGGCCCUGGAGGAGCUAAAAACCCUGGCCCAGUGCUAUGAGAUGGGGUUUGGAGCAGAUGGAUCUGAGGAUGAAGCAGACUCAGACUAAACCAGCUUUAAGAUCACUCCCAAAAUAAAGGGAAUGGUUUUGGAGAUGGCCCAGCUGCUUCUCAUUUCACCAAAAAUCUUCUUACUUCUGGCCUGAGUUCUCCAGGUACUCACAGCUGUGUUGCAAAGGAGGAGAGCUGCUUUUUUGGGGGCUGAUUUUAUGUAUUCUGCUUGGGUUUUUUCAGCUGUGCAAAGUGGAUUUGCUCUGCCCAUUCAAAUAAGCUCACACAAUAAAUAAGGAAUUCAGAUUGUAACUAUCUCACAUAGAAACUGCAGAGAAGAGGCUUGACCUGGGGAGGAAUUACAUCACUAUUUGUCCUCCUAACUGGUGCUUUUUAUCAACUAUGCUAAUUUCCUAAAACCUAUAAAAUGUACU